CUAGCGAGCGAGGCGGCGGGCGGAAGCGGGGCGGCGGGGCAAGAUGGCGGCGGCGCUGGGGCUGGCGCUGUCGCUGCUGGCGGCGCUGCGGGUCGGGAACGGGGAGUUGAACGUGAGGGAACUGAGCGACAUGGCGUAUGGGGUGGAGAUCAGCAGGGAGCCCGUCAUGGCCGGGCAGGUACCGGAACCGGGGGGGCACUACGGGAACCGGGAGUGGCGGGGGGGGAAUGGAACGAGAUGGGAAUGGAACGAGACGCUGCCCCCCAACACCCCGUGUGCCCCCCCAGACUCAGAGAUCAAAGGUGACAUCCUCUUCCUCGGCCACUUCCAGUCGGCGUUUGACUGGGACGACGCAGCAGCGCAGGCCUCCACCCAGCACCGCCUGAAGCGCUACCACAGCCAGAGCUACGGCAACGGAUCCCGCUGUGACCUCACGGGUGCACCCAGGGAGGCUGAAGUGCGGUUUGUGUGUGAGGAGGGGGCUGCGGAUCACAUCGCGCGCGUGGACGAGCCGCAGUCGUGCUCCUACGUGCUGACGGUUCACACUGCCCGGCUCUGCCUCCACCCCUGGCUGCGACCCCCCCCCAGCGCCGCCCCCCUGCACAUCCGCUGCCAGCCCGUCCUCAGCCCCCAGCAGUACGUGCACUACGUCCGAGCACAAGUCUCGGACACCAAGCGGAAGGUGGAGGAGAUCUCGGAGGAGCUGCGCACACUCGACAGCCGCCUCUGGAGCGAGAGGGACGGACACGGGACCCCCCCGACCCCCCCGGCCCUGCACGGUGACACCGGCGCUGCCCCCACAGCUGCGGAGCUGCCCGACACACAGCGGGACGGCUCAGGUGGGGACUCGGCGCUGGGACCGGACAGCAGCACCAGCUCGGCCGACAGCCCUAAGAAGAUCCACUUCAAAGUGAUCCGGAGCCCCCGGGAGCUGCUGCAGUUCCUGGAGGAGCUGAAGCUGAGCACCCGCAAGGCCCAGGAGAAGGGCAGGGAGCAGCAGGUGGAGAAGAGCCCCGAGACCCCCGGCCCCAAGGAGCCCCCCAGCCCGGAGCCCCCCAGCUCCGACCCCCCCGGCCCCGAGGAGGAGGAAGAGGUGGAGGAGGAGGAGGAAGAGGACGCGGAGCUGCUGGGGGGGUUCGAGAAGGAGCUGGGGGGGGGGGUCCUGCUGCCACGGGAGCAGAUGGCGCAGCUGAAGGAGGAGGUGAAGACGGAGAUGGAGAAGGAGUUCGACAACAUCAUCAACGAGGUGGAGGACGAGCUGGAGGCGGAGGGACUGAAGGGGGACUUUGACCGUCGUCGCGCCUCCUCCUCGUUGGCCGCCACGUUGCGGCGCCUGAUGGAGCGGCUGGACGGGGCCGCCCCCCCGAGCCCCCCCCCCGCCGCCAAGGACCCGGAGGAGGGAGAGGGCGCCGGGGGGGGCGCGGCUGAACCUGACCCCCCCGCCCCGCAAACGCCCGGUGAGCACAAACCGUCAUGAGCGCAGCUGCGCCCU